GAUAAAUUUAUUAUUGUAAUUAUGUAAAUUUAAUAAAACAUUCACAACUAUUAUCAUCAUUCUAUAUUAACUAUUCAUACAUGUAAAUUAUUUGAUGUAUUAUAUAUACAUCAUAUUACCUAUUAAGAAUAGUGGAUAUAUAUUUUUAAAUAUACAUUGGACAAAUCAUAUAAUAACUUAGUAAAAUAAUUUAUGGUCAGAUUAAUGUCUAAUAAAUGAAUAAAUUCCGAAUAAAUUCCGUCUGUACUUCAUUGGUAGAUGCAAACUACUUUUGGUGUUUAUAUAUGAUAAUCAUGAUCAGUGGUUGGAAAUGUUAGAUGGCACGGCUUGAAAUCAAAAUGGCACGAAAAUAUUGACUUCUUAUCUUCCUCAAGCUUAUCAGUUUUAAGAUAUCAUAUGAAGGACUGACCAUGCUUUCAUACUGGAGAAUAACUUGCAAUCAGAUUGAUUAAUUACAAAGAGCAUAUAUACAGCUAUCUCAGGAAAUUUCAUGUUUUCAGAAACAGAGAAAUUAGCUAUCCAGCAUAUUACAGAUAUCGACUGGCCUAAUGGUCCACCAGAUUUCUAUGUGAAAGGAUCAUCUUACGCAGUUACCCAGAGUCAGCUACGACAAUUGGAAAUAGCUUCAGGUUUGGAUAUUGCAAACUCUACAAAUAUUAUCUCACAAUUACCACUUUACCAAAUUCGUGACGAACCAUUUCAAUAUUGGGCAAUGAUACUUUUAAUAUUUCCACUAUUCACAGUGUUUGGUAAUGUUCUAGUUGUUCUAAGUGUAUUUCGAGAUCAAAGUUUACAUACAGCUACGAAUUAUUUCAUUGUCAGUUUAGCUAUUGCAGAUAUUAGUUUGGCGAUAGUUGUUAUGCCAGUGGCCAGUUGGGUUGAGGCUAAUAAUGGAAAAUGGCGUCUUGGUACUGUAUUAUGUGAUAUAUUUAUUAUGUUUGAUGUACUUUUGUGUACAGCAUCUAUCCUUAAUUUAGCAGCUAUUAGUAUGGACAGAUACGUAGCCGUGACUAGACCAAUUACAUAUGCUCAACAUAGUAAAAAUGUUCGCGUUGGAAUUACCAUAACAGUCACGUGGAUAUUAUCAUUUGUAAUUGCAUUACCAAUUGCUUGUGGAUUGAAUAAUGCUCCAUAUCGAAAUUUAGAAAUGUGUGUUAUGUAUAUACCAGAAUAUAUAAUUGCUUCCUCUAUUGGAUCAUUUUAUGUACCAUGUACAAUUAUGAUUGUUUUAUAUUACCAAGUAUUUAAAGCAAUUAAAUUAAGAACUAAACGAUCCAAAUUGAUAAGCAUACGUAAUCAAGUACAAAACUAUGCAAAACGUUGGGAAACAGUGAACCAGACGUCUGUUAUACCGAUCAAAGAUAAAGAGGUGAAUAUAUUUAGUAGUUUGGAAAAUAUAACGUAUUUAACUGCAUUUAAUCCACAGGUAUGUAACUGUCAAUCAAGUGGUAUUGGAACCUAUAUUGAUUCAAGUCAUAUAACAAAUGUGUCUUAUUGUACAGAGAAUCAUCAUUCAUAUAAAGCAAAUGAUAUAAAUGAUCAAUAUCUGACAGACAUUAAUGGUACAUCUAAUUUAUCUAGUAACUGUUCUCCUAAUAUUUAUUCAGAAACUAUAUCGAAUUCAGUGGAACCUAAUGAAACCAACAAACUUCAACCAACGCUUAUAUUAACCGAUGCUGAGUGUUUAAAGAAUUAUUUUGAAUCUGAAAUUCCACUACCAACUUUAACACAAACAUAUACAAAGGUCACAAGCAACAACGUUAAUAUAACAACAACAACUACCACUACUACUACUACUACUAAUAAUAAUAAUAAUAAUAACAAUAAUAAUAAUAUACCAAGCUCACAGCCAGAUUUCAGAAAUAUGGAUGAUUUUCGUAAACAUUUAAAAAACCGCAUUAAACGAGCAAAACGUAGUAGUUUAUCCAUGCUCACAACUAAUGUAUUUGCAGGUUUAUCUAGUAAACAAGUAUAUGCAUUGAAUACAAAUAUUGAUGUGAAAAAAUCGACUACCUAUAGAUUUAAAUCAUCAUUAUCAUCUAAACGACAAAUUGGACGUAUGAAAUCACUUAUCCCAUAUGAUACAUCUAAAUCACACAAUGAACAAACUAAUGAACAGUUAGUGAAAAAAACAAUUUUUAAAAAACGUAAAAGCCUUAUAUCUAGGGAAGUUAAAAAUGAACAAUUGAAUCCGGAAGUAAACUCAUCUAAUAGUAUAAUGAACAUGAAUUAUUUUUUAACAAACAAUUCUGGAAGUAAUAUAAAUUUAAAAGAAAGUCUAGCUGCUAAACGAGAAAAAAAAGCUACUAAAACAUUAGCUAUUGUUUUAGGUGUAUUUUUAUUCUGUUGGAUGCCAUUCUUUACAAACAAUAUUAUACAAGCAUUCUGUUUCAAAUAUCAAUUAUUACAACAAUCUCAAUUAUGUCAUAUGCCUGAUUGCAUAACAAGCAUUUGUGUAUGGCUUGGUUAUGUAAAUUCAGUUCUUAAUCCAAUUAUUUAUACAAUAUUCAAUGUGGAAUUUAGAAAAGCCUUCAAAAAAUUACUUUGUUGUAAGACUUGAUUUCAACAUACUGCCAGUGUGUAUUUAGUAAUAAUAUGAUGAAUCAAUAAUGAUGUAUGUAAAUAAAAAAGAACCCAAACAUUAUUGUAUUUUUAUUAUAAACAUAAUUGCGCAUAUAACAAAAUAGUAAAACAUCGUAUCUUUUGACUCAAUCAACCGUUUUUUGGAGAAAAGGAAAGUUGGCAAGAAUAAUUACACAUCAUAGUUUACUUGUUCGUCUUUUGGAUACCUCUGAAGCCAUGAGAAUCUAUUUCUGAAAGUUAAACCUUUUCGUUAUAGGUUGUUUAUAAUUUAGCCGUAUCUACCUAAUUUUAACAAAAAAUCUAUCCACUUUCAUUCGAAUAUUACAGUAGUUACUUUGUAAGAAAGAAGUAUGGAAACUUUAUUUCUAUUGAGCUUAUGAAUAUUAACUUUGUGAAAUCAUGUGACCAUUGUUUUAAACACCUUUGCUGAUUUCCGUUUUUAAUUCUUGUGCUUCAAUCAAAUCUAUCUAAUACAUAGGUAUGGAUAGAUUUAUGAUGUUUAUAUCUUAAGUAUAUGUUUUAUAUAAUAUUGCUCUAAAUCAUUCUAUUGUAAACUAUUUUUCAAUAAUCCCUAUUUUGACGGAAAAAAGAUUGAAGUUAUUGUCUGAUAAAUAUGAGAAUUUGUAAAUCAAUCAAUGAUGAAAAAUUUGUAAAAAAUUAUUUCCCCUAUUCCAUAUGAGCACUACAAAAUGCUCAUUGAAAAGUAUUAUUUUACAAAAACUACAAAAAUUUUUUUUUAAUUG